CGGAGCUUGCAACCUGCCAUUUGGCCCAUUUCCCUCGUUUUUAUCGUACACUCACCUUCAAAAACCUCCUCAACUCUCACACUUCUUUCUCCAACUCUCUCUCUCUCUCUCUCUCUCCAGCUCACAUUCUCUCCGAAAUCUCCCUUGAUUUUGGAUCAGAACACGUCCAUUGUUGUUCCCAUUCCGGAGGCAUUUUCUCCUUUUGCUCUGGAAACAAUGGAUGCCACACUGCCUUUUUGCAAAUCUGUCACCUCAACUCCUGGUUUAUUUGUGGGGACGAGUAGAGGAAUCAGAGCUGCUUCCCAAUGUAGCUUUAUGGUGGGAAAUAGUAGAGUGAACUUUCCAAGGCAAAGAGCUGAGGGUGCACAAGUUGGAAGUUACAAAGCUAAGAAGCGUGGAGGAGCUCUCCAUGCUACAUGUCGUGCUGAGAAAAUUCUGAUUGCGAAUAGAGGAGAGAUUGCCGUUCGGGUCAUUAGAACUGCUCAUGAGAUGGGGAUACCUUGUGUGGCUGUUUACUCAACCAUUGACAAGGAUGCACUCCAUGUGAAAUUGGCUGAUGAAUCGGUUUGCAUUGGUGAAGCACCAAGCAAUCAGUCGUAUUUAUUAAUUCAAAAUGUUCUAUCCGCUGCUAUCAGCCGUAAGUGUACAAUGCUGCAUCCUGGAUAUGGCUUCCUUGCUGAGAAUGCAGUAUUUGUUGAAAUGUGCAGAGAACAUCGAAUCAACUUUAUCGGGCCUAAUCCUGACAGUAUCCGUGUUAUGGGUGACAAGUCAACUGCUAGAGAAACAAUGAAGAAAGCAGGUGUUCCAACUGUACCAGGAAGUGAUGGAUUGUUGCAGAGUACGGAAGAAGCAAUCAAGCUUGCCAAUGAGAUUGGAUAUCCUGUUAUGAUCAAGGCAACAGCUGGUGGUGGUGGCCGUGGCAUGCGUCUAGCUAAAGAACCUGAGGAAUUUGUGAAGUUGCUACAGCAAGCCAAGAGUGAGGCAGCAGCUGCAUUUGGAAAUGAUGGAGUUUAUUUGGAGAAGUACAUUCAAAAUCCAAGGCACAUUGAGUUCCAGGUUCUUGCAGAUAAAUUUGGUAAUGUCGUCCACUUUGGAGAGCGUGAUUGCAGCAUCCAGAGACGGAAUCAAAAGCUGCUGGAAGAAGCACCCUCUCCUGCAUUGACCCCAGAGUUGCGGAAAGCCAUGGGUGAUGCAGCGGUUGCAGCAGCAGCAUCUAUAGGAUACAUUGGUGUUGGAACAGUUGAGUUCCUUUUGGAUGAAAGAGGUUCCUUCUACUUUAUGGAAAUGAACACUCGUAUCCAGGUUGAGCAUCCUGUGACAGAAAUGAUCUCCUCUGUGGACUUGAUUGAGGAACAAAUUCGUGUAGCUAUGGGAGAAAAACUCCGGUACAAACAGGAAGAUAUUGUGCUCAGAGGACACUCAAUUGAAUGCCGUAUCAAUGCAGAAGAUGCCUUUAAAGGAUUCCGACCUGGACCAGGGAGAAUAACAGCAUAUUUGCCAUCUGGAGGCCCAUUUGUUAGAAUGGAUAGCCAUGUUUAUCCUGACUAUGUGGUUCCUCCGAGCUAUGAUUCCCUUCUUGGAAAGCUUAUUGUAUGGGCUCCAACUAGAGAAAAGGCAAUUGAGCGCAUGAAAAGAGCUCUUGAUGACACUAUCAUUACAGGGGUUCCAACAACCAUUGAAUACCAUAAACUUAUACUUGAAGUGGAGGAUUUCAAAAAUGGCAAAGUUGAUACUGCUUUUAUCCCGAAGCACGAGCAGGAAUUAGCAGCGCCCCAGAACCUGGUGCCAACAACUUCAGGCAAAGAACUAGCUGGCACAGCUGCUUAGAUGGAUUGUUUGCUCUGGUAUUUCAGUCUUUUCUCAGUUCCAGUUCUAACAAAUCAAAAUGGUUGCUAUUGGUAUUGGUGGAAGGAGGAAAUACCGAGUGUUGUCAUGAUGAUGCAAAAGCCUAAUGCUAGAUGUUGAAUUUUUUCCAUUGAGCAUCCUGAGUGCAAAGGUCCUUGUUUUUUGGGAUCUAAUGCACCUUUUCUGACAGGAAAAGCAUGUAAACUUGGUGUGCUUCUUGCCAGCUUUGGCUAUAACUCGACUUGUAUCCUCCAAUGUUUAGCUUCAUACCAAAUUUAAUUAUUAACGUUUUGUUUUUGAGAAUGAAAGGAAAUUAUAAAGGCAGCAACACUUUAUAGAGCCGCAUUAGUGUUCAAUAAUAUGAGCAAAUAUUCAAUACACCUCGACUUGUCUUUUUGGCACAUGAUA